AAUGAAUAAAAAGAGCAUCCCAAUGCAUCUGAAAACUCAUUCAGCUCUCCAUUCUUUGUGUUGAUUCUCCUUUUUCACCUUUCCACUCCUUUAUAUUAUCAUUGCGAUCGAUCUGUUUAUAAGAAACGACAAUGCCAUCAGAGCAUCCUCCAUCAGCCAGCAAACCCACAGUACUAAUUGUAGGGGCCGGUAUCGCCGGACUCACAUUAGGCAUCCUUCUUGAGAAGGCUGGUGUCCCAUACGAGAUCUAUGACCGCAUGACUGAAGUAAAACCCUUGGGAUUUGCACUGUCACUCAUGGCGAAUGUAGCGCCAUUGUUCAAACAAAUUGGUAUUUAUGAUGAGUUCAUCAGUCUUGGAAAGGUCUCCAGUACAAUCGACCACUAUGACAAGGACCGUAAAUUCAAGUAUUCAUUGGAUUUCAGUGGAGGCGCCAAGAUGGGAGGAUUCCCAGGAUAUAUCAUCUCUCGUUCGGUUUUUUAUGAUUUGCUGUAUCGACAGAUCCCACCUAACAAACUCUUUCUAGGAAAGCGAGUCAUGUCCGUAAAGCAAAGCCUACAAAAUGGUGUCCAAAUCCAAUUCGCGGAUAAGACAAUUGCAGAAGGUGAUAUUCUUGUUGGAGCUGAUGGUGCUUAUAGUGCUGUCCGACAAAGCCUCUAUGACUCAUUAAAGAGCGAAGGACAAUUACCAGCUUCUGAUGAUGGAGCUUUACCGUUCACUUGUGUUUGCCUUGUGGGCCAGACUAAACCAAUGGAUCCUGAAAAAUAUCCAGAACUAGCCGAUCCCAAAUGUCAUUUCAGAUCGGUCACCGAGGCUGACAAACCCUACGCUUGGGGGUAUAUGACAACGAAAGGUAAUGUCUUCUGUUGGGCUGUAACCCAGUAUCUCGACAGCGAAAGCUCCAAGAGCCAUGAUAAUUUCAGAAACUCAGAAUGGGGCCCUGAAGCUGCAAACGUAAUGUGUCAAGAGGUCCAAGACCUUCCAGUUCCCGGUGGCAAGAGUAAUAAUAUGACCAUCGGAGACCUCAUCGACAACACACCGUUUGUCUCCAAGGUCAUGCUUGAGGAGAAAGUCUUUGAUACAUGGUAUUCCGGAAGGACGGUUCUGAUUGGAGACGCUUGUCAUAAGAUUCAUCCAGCUAGCGGUGCUGGUGCUAUGAAUGCAAUCCAGGAUGCGGUGGCGCUAGCAAAUUGGAUUAGUGUUCUUGACUUAACAGCAGUCGACGAAAUAACAAAAGCUUUUAAAGAGUAUAAAGCAGAGCGUUACCCAGUUGCCAAGACUGCCUUUUCACAAGGACGGACACUAUCCAGGGUGACAGAGAAGGGUAUAGCUGCCAAGAUUACUCGCUACAUCAGUAAGAACCCACCGGCCUGGCUCUGGAACAUUCUGAUUAAGCGCAUGGUAGAAUCGCGUCCUCAAGUGUCGUUCUUGCCACUGGUAGAGGACAAAGGGACUGUGCCACCCAAGUAUCAACCAAGUCUUCAAAAAACAUUGGCAAUCAGGAAAACAAGGGAAGCUGCAGAAGUGACACAGACAGCUGCCGCUACAGCGCUCUGAUAGAAGAGCUGUUAUGAUGAAAUGAAGGGAAUGUAGCCUAAGUUAGGGACAAAGGAAUGGAUGUAAUGGAUGUCCCUUCAAGGACUAAAGAAGAGCUGAACCCAUUAUUCAGCGACUCACGUAGCUCGUUAGGCGCCCC